CAAUCAUGGAGGAGCUUUGAGGCCAGGCUUGUUGAAAUCAAAGGCCUGAGAGAUGAUUUUUUUAAUUUUUUUUCCGGGCUCUCCAUAUAAUUCUGAGAAAAAUAAAUGUGGUCAGUUAAUCUGCAGCUUGGAAAAGGACAACAGCCAAUGCAGCAUGUUCAAGCUGCCCCCCUACUGGGCGGCCCAUGAGCCUGUCGAUAUGGUGGUUUGAUGUUGGAUGGAAAAUAAGAACCCCCCACAACAAACAGAGGGCUGGAACAGAGAGACUGGAACAGAGAAAGAGAGGCUAGAAAGGGAAGAACCGUCGACAGAUGGACUCUGUUGUGAUUAAAGAUGGCGGCAGUCUUUACUGCAGACUACGAAGGACUAUUCUCGAUCCCUAGAAAAGCGGUGGGAGUAGUCUGUGAUCCAGCACAACAAAUCCAAGAAGCACACAGUAAGGUAAAUCAGCAGGAACAAAUGGAUGGUAAAGACAAACUGUUAUGGCGACAUUCUGCUCCAGCCGGAUCUUUCUGUUUCAUGAGGGUGAAAGCGGCUUUACCAAUACUGCAGCACAGUGUGCUAAAUAACUGUACAAUGGAAUCUUCGAUGAAAGGAUGUGCUGCUGGAGGAUGUGUGGAGAAGACAAUCAAACACAAGGAGCUUUUUUGCAGUGGCAUAAGUAGAAUUCUGGAUCGAACAGUUGCACAGUGCGGGCUCUUCGGGGACGUGGUAUAUGGAUGCUGGGACUAUGAGCAUAAGCGACAAAAGGGACUACUUGGCAGACCUGGGAGGCAGCUUCACUGAGGACGCUCCCAGACCUCCGGUCCCUGGGGAGGAAGGCGAGCUGGUGUGCGGUGAUGGUCAGCAGCACAGCAACCUCGGCUUCUCCUCCAAAAGCGAGAGCCUAAAAUGCGAGGCGCCCGUGGCUACGCCCAGGCGACCCGACCUGGACUUGGGUUACGAGCCCGAAGGCAGCGCUUCCCCAACGCCGCCUUACUUAAAGUGGGCAGAAUCUCUUCACUCCCUCCUGGAUGACCAGGAUGGCAUCCAGCUGUUCAGGACGUUCCUCAGGCAGGAGGAGCGUGCGGAUAUGUUGGACUUCUGGUUUGCGUGCAGCGGCUUUCGCAAACUUGAAGCCAACGAGGGUAACGAGGAGAAGAAGGUGAAGCUGGCGAAAGCGAUCUAUAAGAAAUACAUCCUGGACAACAAUGGGAUUGUCUCCAGACAGAUCAAACCGGCUACCAAGUCCUUCAUCAAAGACUGUGUGAUGAAGCUUCACAUCGAUCCUGCCAUGUUCGACCAGGCUCAGACUGAGAUACAGACUAUGAUGGAGGAGAACACCUAUCCUUUAUUCCUUAAGUCUGACAUAUAUUUGGAAUACACACGGACAGGAGGGGAGAGCCCUAAGCUGUACAGCGAUCAGAGCUCUGGUUCCGGGAAUGGAAAGGGACUGUCGGGUUAUUUGCCGACUUUAUACGAGAAAAGCAGAUUUGACCAAGAGCCGGAGGAGCAGCCCGAGUGCGACUCUGCGCCGAGCAGCCGGCUCGCUCAGAAGCUGUUAACGGAGCCGCAGCAAGUUGCCAAAAGCGCAAGAUUCCAGGACAGUCACCAGUACAGGCACGAACCAUUUCGGGAGACCAUCAACCCGUACUAUGUCAACACCGGUCACGUUAAGGCUCCUGCCACCAGCGCCAAUGAUAGCGAGCAGCAGAGUAUGUCCAGUGACGCAGACACAAUUUCCCUUACGGACAGCAGUGUAGACGGGGUUCCACCCUACAGAUACCGCAAACAGCAUCGCCGGGAGAUGCACGAAAGUGCCAAAGCAAAUGGGCGAGUGCCACUACCUCAUAUUCCUCGCCCAGACCGGAUUCCAAAGGAUAUACAUGUGGAGCCGGAGAGGUUUGCUGCAGAGCUGAUCAGGAGGCUGGAGGGUGUGCUGAAGGAGAGGGAGGCUCAGGAGAAGCUGGAGGAGCGACUGAAGAGAGUGCGGCUGGAAGAGGACGGCGAUGAAGUCAUCAUGGCCACUGCUGCUUCACUACCCAGUCACAGGUUCCCCCCUGGUGCUUAUUCACAGAAUUACAACUCCCGCUAUGCCGACAUCGCCUACAGUGGUCCUUUCCUCAGAGACGCUCAUGAGGAAAACCCUGAGAGCAUCUUGGACGACCACGUCCAGCGGGUCAUGAAGACUCCCAGCUGCCAGUCACCAGGAACCGGCCGCCAUUCUCCCAAGUCGCGCUCACCGGACGGUCUCCCAGGGGUCAAAGGAACAGGUAUGUCAGGCCAGGGGAAGCAUCCAUCCAGGCACGGUUUCAAGGGAGACUCCAGCCACAUGUACCACCACAAACACGUGCACCACAUCCACCACACAGGCGUCGGGAAGCCCAAAGAGCAGGUGGAAGCAGAGGCGGCCGUGCGUGUUCACGGCAGCUUUCCCUGGAGUGUGGAGUCCAGUCAUUAUGGAUCCAAGUCUCGCAGCUACGCAGAUGGAAUGGGAUCCAACUCUACAGAGCAUUCAGGAUAUAGCAGUAAAAGUGGCUCACAGUGUAAAAGAGCAUUCAAGAAAGGUGAGGAAGUGCGGCCUUAUGACAUACCGGGGCCUACAGAGGAGAUGGAGAAAAACCAGAAGAUCCUCUUGUGGCUGAUGGAAGGACAGAAAGAAAUGGUUCAACACAAGAGGAGUCCGUACGGGAGUAUAUCAGGGUCCAAGAGGACAACGGGCCACGAGGGAUCCCGCCUCAGCUCAGCAGACCGGUCCGGCUCUAUGCAUCCAUGCGUCGGCGCCCAGCUGUGGAACAACGUGCAACCGUCCCACCCAUUCAUCCAGGAUCCCACUAUGCCCCCCAACCCAGCUCCCAGCCCCCUCAUCCAGCUGGAGGAGGUCUGCCGGCGGCUCGAGGAGGAGAAGAUUAAGUCUGGAACUUUGCAGCCCAAGCAGCGGUAUGUGAUGGAGGUGAUCCAGAGGGGUCGUACUGCAGUCAGACCAGCACUGUUUCCUCCGCUCAGUGUGGUGCCCGCCGUCUCAGACAGCGAGCUCUCCGAGCCCGAACAUAAAGCCAAUAAAAAGCAGCCGUGUGAAAACAUUACAGUGGCGUACUACUUCUGCGAGGAGCUGAUACCGUACAGGACGUCUGUCAAAGGGAGGGUUGUCACGCUGGGCCAGUUCAAAGAACUGCUAACAAAGAAAGGAAAUUACAGGUAUUAUUUCAAGAAGGUCAGCGAUGAGUUUGACUGUGGAGUUGUGUUCGAGGAGGUGCGUGAAGAUGACGCUAUCUUGCCAAUCUUUGAGGAGAAGAUUAUCGGGAAAGUCGAAAAAGUUGAUUGAAAUGCAUUGUGAAGAGGAAAAGGGGGUAGAAAAACCAGCACAUAGUGGUCCGAGGAGUGAUUGGAUGGUGAAGAGGAAGUGAUUGGAGAUGGAUAGGGGUGGAGGAGAAAGCGACAGAUGAAUUUAGAGCGAAGCGAUGGUCAGUGACUUUUGAGGUUCUGUAGCACCACUGCAGUGAAGCUGAAGGGGGAAAAAAAAGAAAAAAGACCUCAUUCACUUCUUCGGAGUGUAAUGUAGCAUUGUAAAGUUUACUAGAUAAAUGAAGAACAAAAAGUGCUACUAAAGCUACAUAUUUUUGAUAAUGAUGUAUCAGAGCGUUUCCUUUCUAAAGUAACCGCACUUGUAAUUUUUUAUAUGUAUUGGUACCAGAUAUGUACAGUUUGUGUUAAAAAAAGAUAACAAAAUUUUAUAUCUAUUUAAGUAUUUAAAAUUUUCAAUCGUAUUGAAGCGUCGCCCCCUGUUGAAGACGAUCAAGAUCCUUUAUAGGGCUGAUUUUUUUUCGUUUUGUUUUUGUUAUUUUUUCAUUCAUUGUAAGAGCCCUUCUGGACUCAAAUGCUCUUCUAAGUGCUUUUAAUACUUCACUGACCUUAUUUUGUGGCGUUCAAUCAGGCUGAUCGUUCAGUGUGUUGUUUAGCACCAAGUGUGUCUCAUUGUUCUGAAGGACAAAAUCCUGAAUAACCAGCAAUACAGAAACACUCGUGCAGUACUACAAUCCAGUAUUACAACCCUGUUAGUUAAUAUAGAACUUUCAAGAAGCUUGUGGUCAUUUUUCAUAGGUUGUGUUUCAAAAUACAACCUAUAAGAACCACUUUUUAAAUGUAAUGCAGUCUCAUACUAACCACAAACAAAACAACGGAAAUCUUUAACAAAUCUGUGGAUCCAGACUGUAAUGUCUAAUCAGUUGGUCCUUGUGCCAUUUCUGGCCUUCCCUGAAAAUUUCAUCCAAAUCCGUUUGUCUGUUUUUGAGUAAUGUUGCGAACAGACAGACAGACAGACAAACAUACGCCGAUCGUCACAUAACUCCGCCGAGGCUACGCCUUCUUGGCGGAGUAUAAAUACCAUUGACUAGUUCUUCUCUGAUAUAAUCUCAACAUAAAUUCAAUGUCAUACAUUUCAUAAAGUGAUUUCUUGUGGCUUUAUUGGGUUGCAUUACUGUUUAUUGCACUAGUUCUUUUGUUUCUGGUUAUUCUGGUUUAGUUUAGACUCCAUGUAAAUGUAGCCGAUAGCUAUGUUUAUCUGUGCUCAUCCGCUACGUUGUUCUUACCCCAAAUAUGGCAUUUUGAGUAGACAUUAGAUGCAAUAAUAGUCAAAAAAAGAUCACUGGAAAUUCCAAGGUGAAUAUCUAUGCAAGUAGAUUUCUAAUUUUGUUGCCCCUAAUCCACAAAUGACAUUUGUAUUUAUUUAUAAGUAACAUUAGCACAAUGUUUAAAAUAAUUCGAGGCUUCACAUAAAAAUUGUGUAAAUUUAUGAAAUUGGGUGAUGGUUCCCCAAACAUGAUUAAGAAUUCCAAAUUUUGUAAAAGAGUGCCAGUUGAAGUUUGGAGAAAUAUUUGCUUUCUAAUUUAUUUUUGGGAUUAUUUCUAGUUUAACAUUGAAUGGCAUUGUCCGGGCUCUGUUACAUUUGUUAGCAUUAGACAUUAGUGUUGCUCAUGCAAUAGAAAGAGCAGCUUUUCAACCUGUAGAUUUGCACACUCGAGGUUUGAAGUGGAGAGAGUGCUUAUCGUAUCACAGCAUUUGACUGAGAAGGCCAGUGAAUGUCAUCAGAAUACUAUGAAAAGGAAUACAUGAGUAAAUGUACAGAUUCUGUCCAUGGAAGCUGAUGAGGGCUAACGGACACUGAAAUGUUGCAGAUACACACCGUUCAAAAGUUUGGGGUCACCCAGGCAAUUUUAUGCUUUCCAUAAAAACUCACACUUUUAUUCAUGCAUGAACAUAAUUGCACAAGGGUUUUCUAAUCAUCAAUUAGCCUUUCAACACGAUUAGCUAACACAAUGUAGCAUUAGAACACAGGAGUGAUGGUUGCUGGAAAUGUUCCUCUGUACCCCUAUGGAGAUAUUCUAUUAAAAAUCAGCCGUUUCCAGCUAGAAUAGUCAUUUACCACAUUAACAAUGUCUAGACUGAUUCAUUUAAUGUUAUCUACAUUGAACAAAACUGCUUUUCUUUCAGAAAUAAGUGAUCCCAAACAUUUGAACGGUAGUGUAUGUUAAUGUAAUUUUUUGUUCAUUCCCCAGGACUUACCACCUUAAACCUUUAAUCACUGCUCAGAUGGUCAGUGGAUUAAGAAUUGUCUGCACUAAGAGGUGAUGUUUGAUCUGUAGCCUUCUCUAGCUUCUCACAGCUACAUCUUGUGCCUGGCAGGAAUUGUUAAGUGCAAGUGAUCUGUUUGAUCACGUUACACCAAAGAGAGAGAAAAAAAAAAGCAGAUAGUAGAUAUGCUCUUAAAUGAGCCCUUUUACACUGAGUUUUAGCCAGCACUUACUUGAUAUCUUCAUGUUUUUUGAUAAGAAACAUUGAGGCUCUCUUAUGGAAACUGAGAAUGUUCUUUUAAAUAUAUCUUAUUGUAGGUUUCUGCUGCAUCUUGCUAUCAUCAGGUUUGAAAAUGCCGCCCACAUUCACAUGUAAUGUUUUGUUACUAAUGCAAGCCUUCUCAGCCAGUUUGUAUUCACUUUUCUCCUUUGCUUCGCAAUGUGAAUGACAGUUUUGCACUGGAACAGCACAAACUGAAACUGAACAGUAUGGCACAAAAUCAGCUGGAGUAUCUACGUGACAUUAAGAUUCAAGGCCACCUUUUUUUUGUGUGUGUACUAGCCCUUAACCUUGUGCUGGAGCCCACAGAGAGGAAUGUGCUAUGAUAAAUGUGUAGUCUGUUUUAAUAGCCAGUGGACCUUGAAUCCCGAGUGCUGUAUUGUAUGUGUUGUUGCUUAGAAACCCAGUGUAGGAAAUUAAUCAUUUGUUUUUUGUUUGUUUGUUUUUGAGAUGCUGCUUUUUUAGAUCCCUAACUUAAAUCAGUUUUAAUAUUUAUAGUGCUUUAGCUUCCAGUGAUCCUUUGCCUUUUAAAUUAUCAUUUUACUGAGUAUGUGAUGAAAUUAAAUACUUUUACGUGUUGUCUUGAUUUGCAUUUUUUUAAAAAUAGAAUAUCAACUCUGUUAUAAUUUUUACUGUGAAAUCCCCAAAAGUGAACUUCUCCUAUUUAAAAUCAAUGAAAUGUGUAUAAUAAACAGCAGAGUGCCUUUAUUACUAUGCUAUACUACUAUUUCAGACCGACAUGGGGACAUAAAUACCAGGGACUAGCUUUAUAUUUUUGUUGAGAGUUUUUUAUUUUGCUAAGUUGUUCAUGUUUGUCACUGUUCUGCCUUUUUCUUUUUUAAAUGUAAAUAUGUAAAACUUAAAUUGUCAUCAACCAGCAGCCCAGUCAUCACAUCCAGUACCCUGGACCUGUUUCUGUUCACUAACUAGCAUGGUAACCAUUUAAAGGUACCUGGACAAUAAAUACAUGCAAUAAACCAG